UUAAAUAUUUCCCAAGUGUUGGCUUCUUUUGACGUUGUGGAUCUUAUGGAAUGUGCCUUUCGAUGCAUCACAAAUUCAACAUGCUUGUCGUUUAAUAUCGCCAUAUUACCCUUUGCGAAUGCUACUAAUUAUGCAUGUCGUCUGUUGCCUUCAGACAAAUACAAUCAGUCCAGCAAUUUUGCACCGAGUCAGGAAUUCCAUCACUAUGCCAUAGUGGUAGGUUAUACAUGCAGUAAAAAAAAAAAACUGUUAUGUUAUUGAGAGAGUCUUGCUGAUGAAGUGAAUCAGUGAUUUCUAUUUUGUUUCAUUAUUGUAAAAGAAAAGCUUGCCAGUAAUACCUUGUCCAACGCCAAUCCAAUAUAAACGUUUCACUUCAAUUCAAUUUACACUGACUUCGAACAGAAGUAAUUCAUAAGUGCUCCUACUAACGAAGAUCGCUUGCUUCAAGUUGUAAAAAAAAAAAACAAACAAAAAAAAAAAACAAAACAAAAAACAUUCUUUGUUGUUCUGUAAUAAAAUGGAGUAGUCAUUUUUUUCUCGUUUGGGAUCAGUUUUAAGUGAUUGCCAUCCGCUUGCAGGCUGCAUUCAUUUUGGUGUUUUCAUCAUACGUUUUACUUUUCCAGACUUAAAUAAUGCGAAAGGAGUUUCUUGGGCCAAAGGAUGAAGCUCCAACAACGAAAGCAAUAGCAACAGUAACAACAACAUUAUCAGCAAAUAGCAAGCUUUGUUGAUGUUGUUGCUUUUGAAUGACAAUAAAAGUUUAAAAGUGCAAAUUUAAGUAAAAAUAUAUUAUGGAGAAAAAAAAAAGAACUGAAAGAAUAACUAAUUAUUAAAAAGUUAACUUAGUUGUGAAGGGUAGACUAUCGAUUUUAAUGACAGUUUCAGAAAAUUAUUGGCAAAAUCAAAGGAUAGCAAUUGUAACAAAAUACAGAAACAAACACACAAAAAAACUACAAUACACCAGCAUUGCAUUUCAAUAAAUACACUGACGUGUUCAUUCAAUUACAAAACAUCAAUUUUGCUACUGAAUUGCUAAAUUACUGGCGUUUAAAUCAAAGAUGGUGAUUUAUCCUCGCACGUACACGCAAAUUCAUAGCCCUACCGUGGUACAGGGAGGGAGGGGAAGGGGGGGGGAGGGAGGGGGUUGAUGGAACUGGUAUUGUUAAACACUCCUUAGCCGCUUCUAUAGACGGGUGGACCAUGGGAAGAGGCGUGGGGCUGAGAGAAGGUCGGCAUAACAGCUAAUACUGACAUGAAUGUUUAAACCUCAUCAAAGUUCGGACUUACUAUUGUAAAUUUCCUUUCAGAGUCCAUGUGAAAACUUUCCAUGUAAAAAUGGUGGAAGCUGUCGAUCAUUGUACAAGGAAAACAGCUAUGUAUGCCACUGUAGUGAAGGUUUCUCAGAAAAUCACUGUGAUACA